GGACUGCAUCCCCCUUUUGAAAGGAGCCUGCUCCCUAGGGCAACCACAUCACACUGCUGAUUUGCUGCAGUGGAGACCGCAGCGCGUACAAUAUGCCCUCCCCCCUCCGCCUGUGCUGCUUACAGCAUCAGUCCGGAGCCGAGCGGGGAGACGGGAGCGACACCCGCUAACCCACCCAUGCUCGGGAAUGCCUGACUGGUAACGCAGUACCUCCGACGAAAGGGACCGGCAAUUUCCUCAGCUUCUCCGAGAUGCAAGCCAGUGCCGAUUCUACCAAGAUGGACUGUCUUUGGAGCAACUGGAAAUGUCAGGCUAUCGACCUGUUGUACUGGCGUGACAUCAAGCAGACGGGGAUUGUGUUCGGCAGCCUCCUGUUGCUGCUCUUCUCCCUGACCCAGUUCAGCGUCGUCAGUGUCGUGGCUUACCUGGCCCUCGCUGGCCUCUCGGCCACCAUUAGCUUCAGAAUCUACAAAUCGGUCCUACAGGCUGUGCAGAAGACAGACGAGGGCCACCCCUUCAAAGCCUACUUGGAGAUGGAAAUGAAUCUUUCACAGGACCAGAUUCAGAAAUACACAGACUGCCUCCAGCUAUACGUCAACAGCACAGUCAAAGAGCUGAGGAGACUCUUUCUCGUUCAGGACCUUGUGGAUUCUUUAAAAUUUGCAGUACUAAUGUGGCUGCUGACUUACGUGGGAGCCCUCUUCAAUGGCUUGACUCUUCUGAUAAUGGCUGUGGUGUCUAUGUUUACUCUCCCCGUUGUAUAUGACAAGUACCAGGCACAGAUCGAUCAAUACCUGGGGCUGGUGCGGACCCACAUAAACACUGUUGUGGCAAAGAUUCAAGCUAAAAUCCCAGGUGCUAAGAGAAAGGCAGAGUAAAGCAGACAUCAGAAAUUCGUCAACUACAGCAGUGAACAGGGGAAUCUGGAGUGAAACAGCUCUGUUCUUACACUUUACUGCAAAUUUAUUGUUUUUUUUUUCUCGACACCAUAAUCUUAGAAACAUAAAACUUGGAAGCAGUGCUUUUCCCCUGCUGCUUCUGCACUUAGAAUAUUUGCAAUCACUUGUGUCAAGCACUAAAGUAUAGUAAAGAGAAAAGUGUACUAGAUGUGGUUUUUUGUGUUGCUUAUAAAGUGCAUGAUGGUGAGAGCCUAAAUAAUAUUGACCUUUUUUUAUUUUAUUUUUUUAGUGUUUUUCCUUCUUCUAUUGGCAUUGCUUCUAUAACUUCUAAUGUCACAUGUGGCUAGGGGCUUUCCUGCUUAGCGCACUGAUGCAAUAGUUAAAAUUGCUUCUACGUCACUGGGUUGCUGGUUGGAUUCAUCUUUAUUAACUAUAUAGAAUUGUAGACUGAUGUUUUAGUGUUUUCCAGCACAAAUAAAAUAAACAGUAAUCGGUACUUAUGGUAAUCAGUUUUGUAUAACUCAAAAAAAUGAGAACAAAACCCAGUACUUUUGUCGCAAGGGAUUGACAGGCUGAUUUACAUGUAUGGCAACUGGAAAGUUCCAGCAUGUUAAAUUUAUUACAAUUUGUAUUACAUUCUCUGUAGUUCCUAAUGGACUUAAUUAUGGACUCUGAAUAUUUGCACUUAUGUACUUGAUACCGAAUGCAGAAAUAAAUGUUACUAAAUGUA